AUGCAGCACGACCAAGUGAUCUGGAGCGUCAUCAACAAGAACUUCUGCACGUUCAAAGCAAAAACUGUGCAGCAAGCAUUCUGCCGUCACAAAUACAACGUCACAGGCCUUUGCAACCGCCGGUCAUGCCCUUUGGCAAACUCAAACUACGCCACGAUUCGCGAGCACAGAGGUGCGUGCGUGAUAUACCUGUGCAUCAAGACGAUUGAGAGGGCGCACACGCCAAAACACAUGUGGGAGAAGAUCAAGCUGAAGCAGAACUACGCCGAGGCGCUGAAGCAGAUUGACGCACACAUGCAGUACUGGCCGUCCUGGCUCAAGCUGCGUUGCAAGCAGCGCCUCACCAAAAUCACACAGUAUCUCAUCCGCAUGCGCAAGCUCGCCCUGAAACCACAACGCAAGCUCAUCACCCGCAACAAGAAGGUUGAGCGACGAGAGGCACGGCGCGAGCUCAAGGCGCUCCGGGCCGCGCACAUCAACAAGGUGAUUGAGAAGGAGCUGCUUGACCGGCUGAAAGACGGCACGUACGAGGGCGUGUACAACUUCCCCGAGAACGCGUUCAACUCUGCGCUGGACAAGGAGGGCGAGGCUGAUGAGGAGCCCGAGGACAUGGACGAGGAGGACGAAGAAGACGAGGAGGAGAAGCAGGCCGACCCGAUGGCGGCUGACGAGUUUGUGGCGGAGUAUGAGGAGGAUGAGGAGGACGAGACCAAGGACAUGGAGGAUUACGAUAUGGAGGAAGGCCUUGACGAGCUGUUUGCAGACACAGAUGAAGAUGAGGAGGAUGGAGAAGAGGGAGAGGGCGAGGAUGAUGAUGAGGAGGAGGAUGAUGACGAAGGUGAUGGCGAUGAAGAGGCUGAAAGCCGAGCACAGAAGAAGCCAACAAAGGAGGAGCGGCAACAGGCGCUCGCCAGCGCUGCCGCCCUUCUCCUGCGCCGCAAGGCGCGAUCGCGCGUGUCCAUCGAGUACGAGAAGGAGGCCGAGACCGGCGCCCAGCACUCCUCAAAGGACUCCUCGUGGUAG